GGGCGGGGCGCGGACGUCGGCCGGCACGAGCUCCGACCGGAUCACUGUGCGACACUCCCCAGUUUGGAAAAUAUUCAUUUCCGUGUGCAUUCUGCUCGAUUUGCCAAAAACGACGCGUCAUUUCAGUGGUGCCGGUGGACCGCUGGGCGACGGAGUCACCGCUGCCGACCACAUGCCGUCGCUGGCGGAGCGAUGGCUGCAUUACGCGAAAUGCGCGCUGCGUCUGUUCCUGUUCCUGCUCAACAACCUGUACUGCAUCCCGACGUACACGGUGUGGAUGUGGCUGCUGUAUCCGCUGACGUGGGUCGCUCCUGACAUCUACUGGCGGAUAGAGGGAACUCUGUUCAGAUGGCUCCUCCACAUGGUGGCCAUGCUCAGCUACACGGCUGAUUACGAUGUGAUAGAGAUGGGCGACCGCGUGGACGAGCUGGAGCAGGACAACUGCCUCUUCAUCAUCAAUCACCAGUCGACGGCCGACGUGCCCAUCAUGAUGAACAUGCUGACUGCGCACGGCCGGGCAGCCGACAACAGCAUGUGGAUCAUGGACGUCCUCUUCAAGUGGACCAACUUCGGCAUCGUGUCCCAGCUGCACAGGGAUUUCUUCAUCCAAUGUGGUAAAGACAAGAGGGAUAAGUCAGUAGAGCUGCUUAAAACGGCUCUUAUUGAAGACUACGUGGGACUAGACAGAAAAUGGGUGCUGCUUUUUCCAGAAGGUGGCUUUCUAAAAAAUAGGAAAGAAGUUAGUCAAAGGUUCGCCCAGAAGAACGGCCUGCCGCACCUGGAGCGCGUCAGCCUGCCGCGGAUAGGCGCCGCCCGCGCCGUGCUCGACCUGCGCGCCGAGCACCGGCCGGGCUCCCCCAAACGGGCCAACGGCGUCGGGCACGGUGACGCUCUGCCGAAGCCAGAUGGCGGCCAGCCGCGCCGCCGGAUCCGGUGGGUGGUUGACCUGACGGUGGCGUACCCGGACCAGCAGCGGCCGCUCGACCUCGUCUCCGUCAUGGCCGGCUCUCGGCCGCCCUGCAACGUGUACUUCUACUACCGCGUCUUCAGCAGUGAUCAGGUGCCCGAGGACGACGCGGCGCUGACGGCCUGGCUGUACCAGCUGUUCUUCGACAAGGAGGAGCAGCUGACCGAGUACUACCGCACGGGCCGGAUGCCGACGCUGCCCCCGUCCAAGCACGGCGGGCGCGAGGGCCUGCCGCCUCCGCGCCGGCUGCGUCACGACCCACUCGCCUGGCUGCUGCGCCACCUCUUCUUCAUCGGGUCGACGGCGCUCCAUCUGCGCCUGGCCGCCGCGGUGAGCCGCGGCCUUUGCGCCCUGGUCGGCUCGCUGGCCGUCUGGUGACCUCGGCGGCCAUCUGGUGACCUGUGCGGCCUUCUGGUGGCCUCAUCGGCCGUUUUGUGACAUCACCGGCUGGAUGGUGACGUCACCGAUGUUCUAGUGACGCCAACAGCCGUCUGGCGACCCUGCUGUUCGUCUGAUGACCUCGGGGCGGGCGGGCGGGCG